UUUUGCGUCAACAAACAUCACACAUGUGGAGGGAUGCUGAUCAGAGAAGAUUAUGUACUGACAGCGGCCCACUGUUUGAAUCGUAGUGUCUUCUCUCGUAAAGAUCACUUUGAGGUUGUUCUGGGAGCUCACAACAUCACGCAGAAGGAGAAGAGCCAGCAGAGAAUCCCAGUGAAGAAAUACAUCCGACAUCCUAUGUUUGAACAGAACAACGAAAUGGACUACAGUUAUGAUAUCAUGUUACUAAAGUUGAAGAACAAAGCCAAACUGAGCAAAUAUGUGAAAGUUCAGCCUCUUCCUGAGAAGAAUGAAAAAACAACAGCUAAUGUUCAUUGCUCCAUUGCUGGUUGGGGGUUGAAAAUCUCAAAUGGAAACCAGCCAUCAGAUGUGAUGCAGGAAGUCAGUCUCAUAUUGGAGGAGAACUCAAUAUGUGAAAACAAGUGGCAGCAGUACUUCAACUCUGAGAGAAUGAUCUGCAGUGUUUCAGAUGGGAAACAUGCUUUUUGUAUGGGGGAUUCAGGGAGUCCUCUUAUCUGCAAUACCAAACCACAAGGAAUUGCUUCAUAUACCAUUAAUGGCGACUGUACAAAUGAAUCAUAUCCUCAAGUUUAUGUUAAAAUCUCCUACUUCCUCCCCUGGAUUAAAAAGAAA